AUGCCGGGCCGACUCCCUACGAAAGCUGACUUUCCAUCGUCGGUAACCUUGAGUAUCACGCCACCGCCGGCUUCGCAACCACCCACGAACGUCUUGAUCCUCCUACACGGCCUCGGCGAUACGAAUGCGUCCUUUACGAAGCUCGGCGAGCAGCUGAAUCUCCCAGAAACAGCAUGCAUUGCGAUACAAGCGCCGAACCCGCUGCCGUUCGAUCUCGGUGGAAUGCACUGGGGUGAAGACAUGAUCUUUGACUCCACUACUGGCGAGAUGGACAUGGAUACCGGCGUCCAGAAGUCCACACUUCUGGUCCUAGAUCAAGUCAUUCGCGAAGGUCUCAUCGGCAAAUGCGGCUACAAAGCGCGCGAGAUCAUGAUCUUUGGGUUCGCGCAAGGCGGCAUGGUCGCACUGCAGGGUGCUGCCCAACUUGAGGAAGAAUUAGGCGGGGUGAUCAGUAUCGGAGGGCCUCUAUCCCAAUCAGUGCCGCUGAAGGCCUUGGAGAAGAAGAGUAAGACACCAGUGCUGAUCUGCAAAGCAGACAAGAAGUCUGCAGUCACCGACAGUGCGACCACGAAGCUGAAGGAUGCUUUCCAAUAUAUCGAGUUCAAAGAGUGGAAGAAGAACGGCGAUGGCAUGCCGAGCAGCCGCGACGAGAUGCUGCCCAUCAUGCAGUUCUUUGCUCGUCGGCUACGGAGUACUAGAGGAGUCCCGGCAGGUAGCGUCGAGAUUGCAUAG